CCCACCGGACGACCCGGGUGGGACGAACCGAGGGCGGACCGCGGAGGUCCCCCGGGCGGUGGACUCUUCGGCGGCAACGGCGGCGGGCCGGACGGCGGCGGCGGGGGAAACAAGGUGACCAACUUCCUGGUCGCGGGUGCUUUCAUCGUGGGCAUGGGCGCCGGCGUCGCCUUCGACACCAGCGUCAACCUCGAGCCCACCAACGUGGCGAGCCGAGACAUCCUCGAUCGACAAACCCCGUCGUCGGAGGUGUGCAUGGCGAACGGAGCCUCCGCGAUGGUGUUCGACCAGAGGGUGUUCCUGUCCUUGAAUCCCUUCAACAUCUACGUGUCGCAGCCCGAGGUGAAGCCCGGGUGCGUGCUGAGGCGGAGCAACUGGUCCAUCCUCGAGAGGAACAAGCUGGUCAACGCGGACCAAGAGGCGGAUUGCAAGCGAAACAUGAACACGUUCGCAUUCGUCGGCGACCUCGACAAGAGCCCGGAGGUGUCGUGCGUGUACCACUCGGAGGAGGCGGAGAACCAGUACAUGAAGGACCCG